CGGUCAUCUGCUCCUUUUUUUCCUUGCCUUCACGCGCGUCGUAAUGGCCGCUUCAAAGAAUGCAUGGCACCCGCCCUGAUGUUUGAUUGAAUGUUUGCUCGUCCUUGACAAACUGUCUCAUUACCACCAUCACCAUCAACACUGCUCACAUCGCUUUAAUUUGGCGACGACGGUCCAUUGACACCUCAAUUCUUGGGUCGGCUCCAGAAGCUUUGGCUCGCUUGAUUACCCCGUCAGCCUGAAUUACUUCACGGCACUUUGAGAACAACAACUCACCAAAAUGGCCGGCACUCUCGCAGACCUCGGCUGGUAUGGCUUCAAGCUCGGUUUCGGUCUCUUCAGCCUCGCCAGCAUAUGGAGCACAGCGGCAAUUAAGAGUGGCGCACUGUGGGCCAGAGAUAGCGAGAAGGAGAAACAAGAACUAGCUGCUGCCCAGAAGAAGCACUGGAGUCUUGACCAAGAGCCUCUGCCCGGCUUCAAGCACGCCUUCUUCAAGACCAGCGCAGGACCAAGGCUGCACUAUGUCGUCAAUGAGAAUCUCAAGCUUUCAGCACCAAAGAACGUGGCCAUUUUCAUACACGGCUUCCCCGACUCCUUCCUCCUUUGGCGCCAUAUCCUUCAAUCUCCCGAGCUACUACGAAGCCACAUCCUCAUCGCAGUGGAUCUACCCGGAUACGGUGGCUCAGAUGGCUUGUCUGCAUAUGACUCCUACGAGGUGCUCGAGACUCUAAGCGAAUUCAUCAUCGGCAUGAGGGAGUUGUUCCUACAAGAAAACAAGAAGGUCGUGGUUGUCACGCACGAUUGGGGUGCGAUCAUUGGUGCCAGACUUGCUUCUGAAGCAAAGGAGCUGGCGGAUCAUUGGGUCAUCACAAGCGCACUCAUUCCUCACCUAACAGCAUCGAACGCUGCCGCACAGGUGUCUCUGGCAAAGCAGAUGCUCCAUACGUGGAUCCGAUCGCCUUUCAACAUUCGCCUCCUCAAGAACGGCCUACACGCACUAGGCCCAGUGGUGUCUCAGUUUCGAAGGUCAUUCUACAUCUUCUGCUUUCUUCUACCAUGGCCUUUCAACACUUUCUUCGCAACAUUCGGGAACUACUGGUUCCUGCGCGUUCUACACGAACUUGGGAAAGGAAACCGAAACAAGGACGAGAAGACCUUUGCGAGACUGAACACGACGGAGGCCGCCGAAGCUAUGGCUAUGUCUACUGGUCCUGCAUUGUCCCAAAUUGAGCAAGUAGACGGUAACGGACACCGAUACGGCGACUCUGUGAGGAACAGGAUUAGGGACCGCGGCAUGGCUGAAAAGAUCCGCAUAUAUCGCGAAGGGCUGUUCACCGGACAGUGGCAGAAAUCGCUAGAAACCACCGCUGCGUUAUUCGAAUUGGCCUCGGAUCCCUCCUCCCGACACCAAUCUAUUUCUGGCUCGCUGCUAGGUAACAGCGCGCCACGUGGUGCCUUGCAAACUCCAACAACUCUCAUCCUCGGUGAACACGAUCCUGCGUUCGAUAGACGUCUAGCACUCGGUAACGUCAAAGACUAUCUGGUCAAGGGUAGCCAGGUGGUUUUGGUGAAGGGUGCCGGUCAUUGGCUACCCCUUGAGCCAGUCGGCAGGCGUGUUCUCGAGAAAACCGUACAAUGGGCGCUGGAUGAUAGUUCGGCGGAGUCUGAGAAGAACUCAACGCCUUUUGCGGCGAUGAGCGAUGUGCGCAUUGUCGAGGAGUUGUGAGAUGCGUUGUCAAAGGCGUCAUGAAUUAAUGGACAUGAGCGUUGAAAUACUGCAGACUUCAAGGGAAGGAUAAAUACCACGAAGGCCUACAGAAUUCUACACUUCGGAUCAAGCGAAGGUGACUCAAGGAUGAUUAGAUAGAGAUUUUACAUCUACCAUCCACAUAGCACUGCUACGAUACCGUUGUAAGGAACAAUGAUAGCAUAAAUAAAACAAUAUACCGAAAUUAUACAU